UUUCAGAGGAUGCUUUAAUUUUUUUCUACAGAAAAAUGCCUAUCGAAGAAAUGCAAAGACAACAAUCUUUCGUUAUACCUGUAAAUGAAGACCAAAAGAAAGCUUUAUUAUUUGCUUUUUACAAUACUUUACUUUUUUCUUUGCCAAUGUUAAAUAUGUUUUUGACUCCAAUAAUGUGGGCUUCUCUAAUUGGGACAAUUCUUUUUCCAAUAAAAAGAUUAAUAAGUGCAGAAUUGAAUAAUUGGUUGAAAAAUUUGGAUGAAAUGGACAGACCUUUAAUUGUUGGAUUGGCUUUGUUGCCUCUACAAAGUUUAAUGUUUUGGGCUAAUUAUAUUUAUGAAAUUGCUUUUAGCUUUACCGGCAUUUGUAUUGGAAUUGGCUAUGUUAGUCUAAAAUUGUUAUGCCACUACGAUGCUUUUACAAUUUUACUUAAUCGUUUUGGAAUUUUUUGUUCUUUAAUUGAUAAAUUAAUUGGGUUAUUUACUCUUUGGCAGACUUUUUUGGUAAUUUUUCUUUACACUGUAGCCUUCGGGGCUUGGAUUUACUCGCUUGAAUUGGAAAAUAUUAAUAAAAAAUUGGCUAGAGUCCUUUCAGUUCCCAUAUGGUUUUUACUUGUUUCACAUUUUUCUAAUUUAUUUGGCCCUUUGAGAGUUAUUAUAUUCUCUAUUUGUUGUGUCCUUUUGGCAUUUAUAUCUGCUGGAAUUAUUGGUGCUGAUGAAGAAAUUAGUGAAGAUAUUGAUGAAACAAAAAAGGAAAAAGAAAUAAAUGAAAAUUUGAAAGCAAAGGAAGCAUUGGCUGAAGAAGUUAAUACAGCUAUACAAUUUGAACAAUUUAAUAAGUCUCUUUCUUCUGACAAUCAUUUGCGAAUAAUUACUUGUUUGUGCGCUUUAUUGUUUAUCGUCAAUCAUGAUUCUUUACUUUUUAUUUUUGUAAUUAUUCCUUUUGCUUUGGCUGUUUUUGUUGAUUUAGGCAAUCGUUUGGGAUUGAAAGAAUAUUUUUGGCAAUUUUUAUUUAUUAUUAAAGAACAAUUGGCUAAUAAAUUGGAUAAAUUUGUGCAUGUUGUUGUGGCUGGUCCUCUACGUAAAUUUGUUCAUUUGCUGUUCACUAGUGAUCGAAUGUUUAUCAGCAGUUUAUUGUCUCGUGUCGAUUUGAUUGCUUCCCUUACUGUAAUGGGUGCUUUGGCUGUUGGAUCUGUUCUUUUUCUACUUUUUACUCUCGUUCAACUGCACAGUGAAGGGUUACAUUUAGUUAAGCUUGGUGGGAAUGUUCUUUCCUCAAAUCCAGAUUGGCUACGUUAUACUUUUAUGAAUUACACAACUAGAGAUGGAAAAGAACAAUUGGAUUUGGAUAUUUAUAUGGAACAGGCAUACCAGCACGGACGUUCAUGGCUUGCUGCAAAUAUUCGUUCAUUGGCUAGUCCAAAAGAUACAGCUAGGGCUGAUCAACUUGAAGAACAAGCAAAAUUGUUAAUAGAUAAUUUAUACCAUUUAUGGGAAGAACGUGGAGGACAGCAGAUUUAUUCAAAUAAUGAGACUUUUUCACAAAAUGAAGAGGAGGAAAUUGUGGAUGAAAAUAAUAAUAAAAUUGUGGAGAAAAAGUCCUCAUUUAAUUCUCAUCAGCAUACUUCUUGGUUUAAACAAAUAUUUGAUAAUGCUAAUCUUAUUGUUUGGAGAAGAGAAUUGCAAGCAGUAAUUACUGAAAAUAUUGAAACCGUUUGGGCGAUAACUCAAUCAAUUUGGCACAUUCUGGCAGCAAAUAUUUCAUUAUUAACUACAGCUUUAUUUGCAGCACUUUCCGCCCUUUUAGGAUUUGGUUCAGAAUUAUUAAAUGGAUUAAUUGAAUGUAUCGUCUUUUUAACAACGGUCUAUUAUUUAUUGGCUAAUAGUUAUUCGAGAUGGUUACCUCUUCAAUUAUUAAGUGAUUGUACUGCUGCUUUUCAAGUUUUUAGAAGUGAAGAUUUAACUAGUGGAGUUGGAGUGGAUGUUGCUAAAGCUGCUGAACGGGCUAUAAAUGGAGUAUUUCUACUUUCAACAAAAAUGGCUAUAUUUUAUGGAUUAUAUACAUAUUUUAUCCAUUCGUUAUUUACCUUAAAUGUUGUGUUUAUUCCGUCUAUGUUGGCUGCAGUACUUGCUGCUGUUCCUAUUUUUCCUCCUUAUAUAGUUGGAUUAUUUGGAAUUGUUGAAUUGUGGUUAGUUAGAGGAGAGCCUAUUGCUGCAAUAGUUUUUGCUUGUGGUUCAAUUGCUCCUUUAUUUUUUGCUGAUCCUGCGUUUUAUCGGGAGGUUAAAGGAAGUCAUCCAUAUGCAACGGGUUUAGCCGUAGUUGGAGGUAUUUAUUGGUUAGGAUUGCAAGGUGCUGUGAUUGGCCCAAUUUUACUUUGUUUAAUGCUUGCCUUAUUUAAUGUUUAUGCUGAAUUUGCGAGUAAUAAUACAAUUGCCAUUUAAUAGAUGUUGUUAGAUUUUAAUUUCAUUUAUACCUUUUUCCUAUAUCUCAGAUAGUCAAUUUACUUAAAACAUUUAGGUUUAUAUUUUUUAGAUUUUUUUUAAUAAUUCGGUGCUUUAUAUUUUUUUGGAUUUGUUUAAUAAAUCUAUUAGAAAAUUUUUAGCUUUUUUUGGGUUGAAGAUAGGAUCCCAUAAAAGUGUAGGGUUAAAGAUUAAAAAUAGUUGGUGGUAUCGCCACUUUUUUUUUAUUUUUCCCUGAACCUCUAAACAAGUAAAGAAAAAAAUUAUUUAUUUUUGCCACGCCUGUCUUUCCCAACGAGAGUUGAUCGAUUGGCCAUAGCUAGAGGGGCAAGAGGAUUUGUCUGCAGCUUUAAUCAUCAAUAUUUUAUUUU